AUUUAGAGGUAGUGGCACACGGUACAGUUUGAGAGUAAAGUAGAGAGAGAAAAAGUUUGAUUGAUACGGCUGCAGAUAUAGAGAGAGAAAGAGAAGAUAGUAGUGGUUAAAAUCGAGAGAGAGACACGAUUGAUGAUUGUUGCGGAUUGCGGAUUGAGCUUUGACGCUAGGGUUCCGAAUUUCUGGUUGGUAGAACGAUAUAUAUAGAAAGAAGAGUGUGAUUAUAGAAGGUUCAAUUAUGGAAAUUGAGCGAAAUUUGUCAAUUUGAGUUGAAUUUAAGGGAUUGUUUUAGGGUAUUUGUGUGUUGUGUAGUUGAGAAUUGAAUUAGGGGUUCAGAUGAGAGAUCUGUUCUGAAACAUCAUAGAAAUGGCUUCUUCAGAGGUUUCGUUCCGAAGAGAGAGCUUCUCUUCGGUUUACAGUGAGCACAACGAUGGCCGAGGAGUGGCUAACAACGCUCCGGAGGAGUCGAUGAGUUAUUCAACUGGAGCCGCCGCCGAAAAAGAUAAUCCCGAGACGGCGCUUUACACAGAGCUUUGGCAUGCUUGUGCUGGUCCUCUGGUGACCGUGCCUCGUGUGGGAGAGUAUGUCUUCUAUUUUCCUCAGGGACACAUCGAACAGGUUGAGGCAUCAACUAAUCAGGUGGUGGACCAGGCGAUGCCAGUGUAUAAUCUUCCAUCGAAGAUCCUCUGCCGUGUGAUUAACGUCCAACUGAAGGCUGAACCGGAUACUGAUGAGGUAUUUGCGCAAGUGACAUUACUUCCAUUAAGAGAAGACGAGAAUGCUUUGCUGAAGGAAUCUAUGCCACAGCCCCCACCACGUUUUCGUGUUUAUUCCUUUUGUAAGACCCUAACCGCAUCAGAUACAAGCACACAUGGUGGAUUCUCGGUGCUGAGACGGCAUGCCGAUGAAUGCCUUCCCCCACUGGACAUGUCACGGCAACCUCCAACCCAGGAGUUGGCAGCAAAGGAUUUGCAUGGAAAUGAGUGGCGCUUCAGGCAUAUCUUUCGGGGUCAACCACGUAGACACCUGCUUCAAAGUGGCUGGAGUGUCUUUGUUAGCUCCAAGAGACUUGUUGCUGGUGAUGCAUUUAUAUUUUUAAGGGGUGAGAAUGGGGAACUUCGUGUUGGAGUAAGACGUGCCAUGAGACAGCAGGGCAACGUUCCUUCAUCUGUUAUAUCAAGUCACAGCAUGCAUCUUGGUGUCCUUGCAACAGCUUGGCAUGCAUUAACAACUGGAACAAUAUUUACAGUCUACUACAAGCCUAGGACAAGCCCUGCUGAGUUUAUUAUUCCGUUUGAUCAGUACAUGGAGUCUGUCAAGAACAAUUAUUCGAUAGGGAUGAGGUUUAAAAUGAGAUUUGAAGGCGAAGAAGCUCCAGAACAAAGAUUUACUGGAACCAUAGUUGGGACUGAAGAUGCUGAUCACAAAAAGUGGCCAGAAUCUAAAUGGAGAUGUCUCAAGGUGCGAUGGGAUGAAACUUCUACAGUUCCUCGUCCAGAGAGAGUUUCACCUUGGAAAAUAGAACCUGCUCAGAUUCCUGCUCUCACUCCCCUUCCCGUGCCCAGACAAAAAAGGCCUCGACCGAACUUGGCUCCCUCAUCUCCUGAGUCCUCUGUUCUAACGAGGGAAGGUUCAUCGAAGGUGACCGUAGACCCUUUGCCAGCAAGUGGAUUUUCAAGGGUCUUGCAAGGUCAAGAAUCAUCGACCUUGAGAGGCACUUUUGCAGAAAGUAACGAGUCAGAUUCCACUGAAAAGCCACUUAAGUGGCCUCCUUCACUGGAUGAUGAGAAGAGUGAUGUGGUUUCUGCUUCACAAAGAUAUGCAGCAAAGAAACGGUUGCCCUCGGCAAGGCCUGAAUCAUCUUUGACGGAUCUAUUGUCAGGUUUUGGGACGCGAACUGAUUCAUCUCAUGAGUGCACUACUCCAGUUGAACAAAAUGCUGUUGCUCCUAACUCGAUGAAACUCAAUUUACCAGAUCAGGAAGGCAAGUUCAACUUGCUUGGAAGCCCUUGGUCCAUAAGGCCUCCUGGUCUCCCACUUAACUUGUUAGAGACUAGCAUGGAAGCUCCUGUGCGAGGCAGUGAUAUAACUUAUAACCCACGGGGGGGUGGUAGGUAUGGUGGUUUUAGUGAAUACUCCGUUCGUGAUCAUAGGGUUGAGCACCGGCAAGGAAAUUGGUUAAUGCCUCCACCACUUUCAUCUUACAUUCAGAUGCGUGCACAGCCGAGAGAAGUAAUGCCUAAAACUGUGUCGGUACAACAGCAUGAAGCUGUGAAACCUAAAGAUGGGAACUGCAAACUCUUUGGUAUACCCCUCAUUAGUAACCCCGGUUCAGCGGAGCUAGCACCGCUGCACAGGAAUACAACUGAGCCAGCAGGUCAUAUGCGUCUUGUGCCACAACCACAUCAAUCUCGUGGCUCUGAAUCUGAUCAAAGGUCUGAACAAUCAAAGAGUUCAAAACAGACUGAUAAUUCGCAUGCUAGUGCUGAAAAGGAGAAACCAUUCCAAACUAAUCAGCCGCUUGGUAGAGACCGUCAAGUCAAAGUCCAGGGUGCUCCAACCAGGAGUUGUACUAAGGUUCACAAGCAGGGGAUUGCCCUUGGUAGGUCUGUGGACCUAACUAAGUUCAACAGCUAUGAUGAAUUGAUUGCGGAAUUGGAUAAUUUGUUUGAAUUUCAUGGUGAACUAAAGGCUCGCAACAACAUUUGGAAGAUUGUAUACACUGAUGAUGAGGAUGAUAUGAUGCUUGUUGGAGAUGAUCCAUGGCAGGAAUUUUGUGGUAUGGUUCGAAAGAUCUCUAUCUUAACUAAAGAGGAGGUCCAGAGGAUGAACCCUGGUUCUCUGAAUUCGAAGCUCGAGGAGAAUUCACUGGUUGCAGAAGGUGUGGAUACAAAAGAACUGAAGAAUAUGCCCCUGGCUUCAGCAUCUAGUACAGAGAAUAGUUAGUUUUCUCUCUCAUAUAUAUAGUUUUUUGGGCAUUGGAGAAGACUUAUAUCCACAGCAGGAACUGAAAUUGAGAUGCAUCUGGGCCGCUUCAGAUUCUGGAUGGCAAGUCUGAAAAAUAUUGGCAAUUUUGGACAUGUGGAGCUAAUGCCGUAUGGUCUUAAAUAUAUACAUAACGUACGUACCCAUAUUUUCAGUGAGGCAAUGACCACCUUGCAUUCUUAAACCAAACCAACCCAACCCUGUACAAAGCUGUUUUACUCCUAUCAGCAUUGCAUGUAAGUAGAAGCUUAUUGGUUUCCAUAGUACUGAUCUUUAAAUGCUAUGAACGCACCUUAUAUGACACGCAUUGUUCAUAAUCUAGUGGAGGUAUAGCGCUUGUAAAUUUUCA